AUGCCCAAAAAGACGUCCACUCCCACUUCCUCCACGCCUACGUUGAAGACGUCGUCUUCCUCAGGUGGACAGAGGACUCUCCUUGGAUUCUUUCAGAAGACACCGUCCACCGGUUCCCCAGCUCCGCUACCUGCGCGACCAACGACUGCAACACCCGCUCCGACAAAACCGCGAAUCAAGUCUGUUGGGACGACCUCCGCUUCUACCCUGACCCCUGCUCCCAGUAGCGACGCAGUCGACCUAGAAAAUGAGGACGACCAAGUGAAGGCAAGUUCGCCUGCUUCCAAAGGUCUGCCAUCGCCAGCUUCGACUGACGAAGGGCAGACUAAUGGAGUAGAAGAGCUGAAUGCUCGUGGGACGCCAACGAGACGUGCAAAGAAGAAGACCAUCAGCUACAUCGAGUCUGACGACGAAGGCACGGACGAUGACGACGUCUUCAAGCCUACACCUGCAGCGCGCGCGAGGCCUACGAAACGAAGACGACUCGACGAUAGUGCCGACGAGGAUGUUUAUGAGCAGGAAAAAGAGCCAGAACAGGACGAUGACGAUAUGGACGACUUUGUUGUCCCAGACGACUCGGAAGACGAUGCACCACGAGCUGCGAAACGCAAGCGACCAUCCCAGCCCGCGUCUCGCAAGAUUUCAUCCCGUGUGACGCCUUCCACCGACAACGCCGAUGUUGAUCUAGACCUAGACAUGGAUCUUGGCGAGGGCUCGACAGCUCAACAGUGGAAGUAUGAUCCUGUGAACCCUCAACCGUUACAACCGCGAUCCUCCAAUAUCCCCUCCAAAAAGCCGGGCGGAGACGGGAGCAAGAAGCAAAAGGCACACCUGACGGAGCCGGAGCAACGACAUGCUUGGCUCGAAGACAUCAGAGACAUUGAUCGAAACCCACCAGGCCAUCCCGAUUAUGAUCCUCGAACGCUGUACAUCCCUCCAAUGGCGUGGGCGAAGUUCUCCCCAUUCGAAAAGCAGUACUGGGAGAUCAAGCAGAAGUUCUGGGACGCGAUUGUGUUCUUCAAGAAGGGCAAGUUCUAUGAACUGUACGAGAACGACGCCACCGUCGGGCACCAGUUGUUCGAUCUGAAAUUGACUGACCGCGUCAACAUGCGGAUGGUGGGCGUCCCGGAGUCCAGCCUCGAGAUGUGGGCGAAUCAGUUCGUGGCAAAGGGCUUCAAAGUCGCCCGUGUUGACCAGCAGGAGACUGCACUGGGGAAGAACAUGCGGGAACGGGACGAGAAGCCCACUACGGCGGGGACCAAGAAGGGGAAAGAAGAAAAGGUCAUCCGGAGAGAGCUUGCGUGUGUUCUGACCGCCGGCACUCUUGUCGACGGCACCAUGCUCCAGGAUGACAUGUCAACGUACUGCGUGGCCAUCAAGGAAUCCGAAAUCGAUGACAUGCCAGCAUUCGGUGUGGCGUUUGUCGACACGGCCACCGGACAGUUUCAUAUCUCGCAGUUUAUUGAUGACGCCGACUUGACCAAAUUCGAGACGUUUGUUGCCCAAACUCGCCCACAGGAGAUUCUUCUCGAGAAGGGUGAGGUCUCUAUGAAGACGCUGCGAAUCCUGAAGAACAACACUAGCCCCACAACCAUCUGGAACUACUUGAAGCCGGGCAAGGAAUUCUGGGAAGGCCAUAUCACGGCAAAGGAGAUUGAGGCGAGUGACUACUUCCCCCAGGAUUGGCCCGAGGUUCUUCAAGAGGCCAAAGACAAGGAUCUUCUCAUGUCUGCGCUUGGUGCUUUGAUCCAGUACCUGAGGACACUCAACAUUGAACGGGACUUGGUCACUCUAGGCAACUUCACUUGGUAUGACCCCAUUCGGAAAGCCACCAGCCUGGUGCUGGACGGUCAGACCUUGAUCAACCUGGAAGUGUUUGCGAAUUCAUACGACGGAGGAAUCGAAGGCACUCUAUUCCAGCUCCUCAAUCGGUGCAUCACGCCCUUCGGCAAGCGCAUGUUCAAGCAAUGGGUCUGUCAUCCUUUGAUGGACACGAAAAAGAUCAAUGCCCGGCUCGACGCGGUUGAUUCUCUCAACGCCGACACCAAAAUCCGGGACCGAUUCACUUCGCAAAUGACAAAGCUGCCGGAUCUGGAGCGGCUGAUCUCGCGCGUUCAUGCCGGCACCUGCAGAGUGCAGGAUUUUGUCAAGGUGCUUGAGGGCUUUGAACAAAUUGACCAUACCAUGUCUUUGCUUCGUGAUGGAGCAGGAAAGGGAGCAGAUAGUGAGGGUGUCAUCGGGCAGCUCAUCGCUGCGAUGCCCGACCUUCAGCCGCACCUGAAAUACUGGAGCGACGCGUUUGACCGGAACAAAGCCAAAGAGUCGGGCGUUUUAGUCCCCGAGCGGGGCAUCGAAGAGGAUUUCGACGAGUCCCAAGACUCCAUCGAUGCCAUCCAGGACGAGUUCAAUGGACUGCUCCGAAAAUGGCGCAAGCAGCUGGGGUCGAAUGCCAUCUGUUACCGCGACAGCGGCAAGGAAAUCAUGCAACUCGAGGUGCCCGUCAAAGUCAAGGGCAUCCCGAAGAACUGGGAUCAAAUGUCGGCCACCAAGCAGGUCAAGAGGUACUACUUCUCCGAGUUGAGGUCGUUGGUCCGCGAGCUCCAGGAAGCACAAGAAACACACUCUCAAAUCGUCAAGGAAGUCGCCGGUCGCUUCUUUGCCCGGUUUGACGAGAACUACGACAUCUGGCUCGCCUCCAUCCGGAUCAUCGCACAGCUGGACUGCCUGAUCUCCCUGGCCAAGGCGAGCAGCAGUCUCGGCUACCCCAGUUGCCGGCCCGAGUUUGUCGACGAGGACCCUACCAGCGGCAGAUCGACGCUCGAGCUGGUCGAGCUCCGUCAUCCGUGUCUGUUGGCCAAGGUCGACGACUUCAUCCCGAACGACGUCGUCCUCGGCGGCGCAGCAGCCAACCUCAGUUUGCUGACUGGAGCCAACGCGGCGGGCAAGUCGACUGUGCUCCGCAUGACCUGCAUCGCCGUGAUCAUGGCCCAAAUCGGAUGUCAUCUGCCGUGCCGCCUCGCGCGCCUCACGCCCUUUGACCGGAUCAUGUCGCGCCUCGGGGCGCAGGACCACAUCUUCGCGGCGCAGUCGACUUUCUUCGUCGAGCUCGCCGAGACCAAGAAGAUCCUGUCUGAAGCGACGCCGCGCAGCCUGGUGAUCCUCGACGAGCUGGGCCGCGGCACGUCGUCGCACGACGGCGUCGCGGUCGCCCAGGCGGUGCUGCACCAUCUGGCGUCGCACGUCGGCUGCCUCGGCUUCUUCGCCACCCACUAUCACUCGCUGUCGGCCGAGUUUCGCGGCCACGCGGAGAUCCAGGCGCAGCGCAUGAAGAUUUUGGUCGACGACGAGCAGCGCCGCGUCACUUUCCUGUACAAGCUCGAACCGGGCGUCGCCGAGGGCAGUUUCGGCCUGCACUGCGCCAGCAUGUGUGGCAUUCCCGCCAGCAUCGUCGACCGUGCCCAGGAGGCCGCUCAGCAGUGGGAGUAUACCAGUCUCAUGGCCAAACGCCUCAAGGCCGAUGCUGGAGAAGGCGAAGGCGAAGGCGAAGGCGAAGGCGAAGAAAGCAGCAAGAAGCAGGGAGAAAGCGGGAGGACUCUUUUGCCGCUUGGCAUCCUCAGCGACGUGGCGUGGAUGCUGCAGGACGAUGCCAGCGCCAAUUCCAAUGCCAAUGCCGGCGCCGCCGACCGGCCCGUGGUGACGGAGCGCAGCAUCGAUACUUUGGUCAAGUAUAUCGAAGCGUUGUGA